UUACACUAAAACAUCCCACCACACGCUAAAAAAUACGCUAAUUGUCGCCUCGUUCCCAGGAUACAUGUGAUUUAUCGUGAUGUUGAUUCAAAUGGAGUCGUUUAUUCCAAACCACAGUAUUCCAUUACUAUUCAAUUGACAGCUUACGUUCAUCGUAUCGUAUCCAGUUGACCUCCGUUCGAAAGCCCCGAGCGCACACCUCCUGCCAUCCCCGCGCGAACGCGCCUAUCUCAACAUGUCUAUCCCUCCAGAAGCUCUCCAAAAGCUCGUGCAAGAAAUUGAAUCGCGGGCCAUCGCCGCACAGCAACAGAUCAACAUCGUCAAAUCACAAAUUACGGGGAAACAGCGUGAAUUGCGCUUGUUAGAACUCACAUCGAGCGAAAUUAGCCAAUUACCCAAGGAGACAAAUAUAUAUGAAGGGGUUGGGAAAAUGUUUGUCGCAAACCCCAUUACGAACGUGAACAAACGGUUAUCGACGGAGAAAGGCGACCUGAAAACCGAUAUAUCCAAUCUCGAAAAGAAACUGCAUUACCUGGAAACAACGCAUAAAAAUAGCAUGCAACAUAUGGACCAGAUAUUCAAGACUGGCGGCAAGGCAUGAUUAUGAUGAUUGACGAAGAUGAUGUGAAAAAUGGAAUUUAAGAUCUGAGAAAUAUACCGUGCUUGUUAAAUUUAUAUGCCCGGGAAAUUUUCCCAGUUGGGGAAUGAAGUUCGCCGUGUUGGAUGGGAUGCAGCCGGGCGUUUAAUAAUGCCAUUUAGAAUCGCUACCCAGUUCAGAUGAGCGCCGAUGCGAAGGGUCUUGUCGCUGUCUUGCAUAACCCCCGAGCAAGGCAAGCGUGGAUGCGGAGAAACGCCCAGCGCAGAUCGACCGGAUGGAUGUAUGCACUGUUGUUCUUCUGGCCAGCUCGAGACUCUGAGUUGCCCUGUUGGUUCAAACCGUUGUGGCGUUACGAUCAGAAACCCAUGCGGCUUGCGGUAUGGAGGUUCUACGUACAGAUAUGUUAUGGAGAAGAUCACCAAGCUUAAUUACAAUUGGAGCUGCCCGCAGGCAGAUGUCUACCUUACGUGUUUGAUAUGAUCUUUAUAUCAUUAAAAUGCUAUUGUUAUAACAACCACAUUUGCUAUCUCUCUAACCAGAUCGGGAGAUAUAGCUUGAUACAUUGCAAAUAUUUCCCCUCCCCCACCUCUCCUCCUAAAAUCUCCUCAAUAUGAAGUCAAAUCUGGUUCAUUGAUCCAACCUGUCUAAUUACCAGAAAGGGUCAGAUAGAUACUUACACCAGGGGAUGUCAUCACAUUGUUGGGCCGGGUGUUUACGCAGACCUGGUUGUUGUACCAGUGUCAAACACAGCAUGUAUGCGCGGCUGUAACGUUCUACAGGCAUUUUUCCUUUUUCUUUUCUUUGUUGCCACAUCCGCAUCAUCAGCAUUACUUAUUUCAGUAUUUGCAUGCAUUUUUAUGCCAUGUCAGGCACUUUGUCUCAGGGAGGCUCCCGCAAUAGCCAUGCUGAAGUAUAGUCAGGGCCUGAGCUGGACAAAUCGUAAGGCCGCGCAGGGUGUAGGUACUAGGUACUAUCAAUGUUGUAUCUCGCAAUCUCUUCGGGCAACAUAUGUAUAAUACACAGGCUCUAAAGAUAAAAGAAGUGGAAGUUUGGGCUGUAGAUUUCGUCAGCAUACCCUUAAACGUCUCCAAGGCUCUCGCUGAAUGGACAGGGACUUCCGUAUUAGAGCAUAUCAUAGUGGUGAUGUAUAUUCUUAGGAAUCUAGGAAUCAUGUUAAUGAUACGAAUUUAAGAAAAAAAAAAAAAAAGAUGAGA